AUGAGUAAGCGAAAGAAUCCAUCUACCAAUAAUAAUCUGAAUGCAGAUUUUUGUGAUUUUUUAAUGGAAUUAGCCGAUUAUGAAAAAAAUGUCAGUCGUAAUAUUCAUAAAUACAAUGCUUAUCGUAAAGCUGCUAGCGUUUUAGCUGCGCAUCCCAAACGUAUUGAAUCUGGACAGGAAGCAAAGAAGUUAAAUGGUGUAGGAGAGAAAAUAUCCAACAAAAUUGACGAGUUUUUACAAACGGGAAAAUUAAGAAAAUUAGAUAAUAUACAUAAUGACGAAAAGGCACAGGCUAUUAGUUUACUGACACGGGUUUCAGGAAUAGGUCCUGUGAAAGCUGCCGAUUUAAUAAUUAAGGGUAUAAAAACUUUAGAAGAUUUGAACAAAAACAAGGAUUUGUUAAACCACCAUCAACUGAUUGGUCUGAAGUACUUCGAAGAUUUCGAACAGAAAAUUCCUCGUGAAGAAAUUCAAAAAAUAGAGGCAAUAAUAAAGAAAAAUAUUUUAAAUUUAGAUUGUGAUUAUACUAUUACCAUUUGUGGCAGUUACAGGCGCGGUGCAUCACAAAGUGGCGAUAUUGACGUACUAGUUACACACCCAACAAUGAAAUUGGAUAAGGAAAAAAUAGGUGAAAAGCUUUUGAAAAAAAUAAAAGAGGCUUUAGGUGAACUCAUUGUUGACGUGAUAUCAAUGGGUGCAACUAAGUUCAUGGGCGUGUGUCGUCUGUCAGAAGAACAUUUAAACCGGCGUUUGGACAUCCGGCUUAUACCGAACGAACAGUAUCACUGCGCGGUUCUUUACUUCACCGGAAGUGACGUUUUCAAUAAAGAUAUGAGAGCCCACGCUUUGGAAAAACGUUUUACACUGAAUGAAUACUCCCUGCGGCCGAUAGGUGUCACCGGUGUUCACGGACAGCCGGUGCCUAUCACAUCAGAAGAAGACAUUUUCGACUACAUCGACUAUCCUUACAAGAAACCGGAAGAACGAAAUCUGUAG